GUUGCCAGCUCCAAUGCGAAUUUUUGAAAAUUGUGAUUCAAAAGUUGUAUAUUACUGAGAUUUAGUUUUAUUCUAUCUUUGAACGGUCCUAAAUAUGGAUAAUGAGGAAACAGACAGCACUGUCUGUCAUGAAAAAGUAGAAAGAGCAAUGGGAAAGGCGUUCCAUCGUUAUGGAGAAAUUAUCUUCCGUCAUCCGGUUAAAAUAAUCGUCAUGAUUUUGAUUUUAAAUGGGGCUCUCGGGAUUGGAAUGAUCAAGCUUAAAGAAGAUAUCGAUGUCAGCAGAGUAUACACUCCCAUGAACAGUCAAGCAACGAAAGACGAGACUUCCAUUCUCGCGCUAUUUCCAGACCGAAGUGGGACAGAGUUCUACGGCUACCAGACAGUAAGCCAGCCGAGAUAUGCAACCGUAUACGUCAAAGGAACAAAUGGCAAUGUAGUAAGCCAGACGAAUAUAUUGGAACUUAGUAGAAUUGUUGAUAUUCUAAACGUCACAAGAGGCGAAGUUGCUUUCGAACAAAUAUGUGCGAGACGCAACGGCGCAUGUGUUAUUGAUGGCAGUGUUUUUCUGACGAGCUUUUUUAACACAUGUGUUGCUGCAAAAAAUGUAACAUAUCCAAUGUUCACUGAUGAACGCAACAAUUCAAUAAACCUUGAACCCUUACUUGGCGAAGUCGAUGUCAACAGGACGACACUUCAAAGUGCAACUUAUUUAAAAUUACAGUUUCAUUUGCGUUCGGAAAAUUCAUACUCUGCUGAACAAGUUCAAGACUGGCAAGACAAGUUCAUAGAACGUAUGCACACUUUUGAAAGUGCUGAUGUUGAAAUCGCUUAUGCACACACUGAUUCACUUGGAAACGAGCUGAAUGCAAACAUAGGCGGAGAUAUUUCGCUUUUCUCUGUGACGUUCACAUUGAUGAUCACAUACGCGUGUAUUGCAACAUUUGCGGCCAGUAACGAUUGCGUCGCCAACAGAUUAAUGCUGGGGUUUGCUGGUGUGACCGCCGCUGGUCUUGGUAUCGUUGCUUCCUUCGGUUUAGUCAGUGCGAGCGGCAUGAGCUUUGUCAGCAUUGUUGGCAACGCUCCAUUUCUGAUCCUAGGAAUCGGUGUAGACGAUAUGUUUAUUUUACUAUCCGGUCUUGUUUCUGCUGGAUUUUCUGGUUCUUCGGAGCAGAGGUUUGGAACAAUGAUGAGGCAUAGUGGAGUUGCAAUUACAAUCACAUCGCUAACUAACAUCAUUGCAUUCGGAUGCGGCGCUUCUUCUUCUUUCAAAAGUGUUCGAAACUUUUGUGUCUUUACAGGCGUUGCAGUGAUUUUUUGCUUCAUAAACCAAGCAAGUUUCUUUUCGGCAUGGAUUGCUUUAAACGAAAAGCGGAUUGACCAAAUAAAACACGCAGUUCUUUGCUGUAAGUCAACAAAACCAAAGACACAGUACCAAAAGGAUAAAGCCUCAAAAAUGGCAAUACUUUGCUGUGCAGGUCAGAAACCGUCAGAAGAAAAAGACAUUGAUAGCUUCUUGGAACGUUUUCCAAAAUGGGUUCUCCCUAAAAUAGUGAAGCCGUUGGCAAUGAAAAUAACUAUUUUGCUUGCUUUUGCUGUUUACUUAGGAGUAGCUAUUUGGGGCGUAAUCAACUUGAAGCAAGGUCUUGUCAUUAGAAACCUUGUUUCCAAAGAAUCAUAUUUUCAUAAAUUUAACCAAUGGGAGGAAGAUUACUUUUCUGAACAUGUACCAAUUAUGUUUGUGGUUGAAAAUAAAGUUAUGUAUUCUUCUACGAAUGUACAAAGUGAAAUCAAAAAUCUACUAAAUGCCGCGUCUUCAAAUAAGUUUAUGACAAAUAUGACCUUCUCCUGGUUAAAUGAAUAUACGUCAUCAAAACACCAUACUAACACCACUGAAGCCUCAUUCAUUGCCGGUAUUUAUGCCUUUCUCGCAGAUCCGAUUUAUUCCCGUUUUGGUCAUGACAUUAAGAUUUCAGACGAUAAUCAAACGAUUGUUGCAUCUCGAUUUUAUGUAUUUACAGCCACUAUCGCCGAUUCGCAAGAUUCAGGUAAAAUGAUGACAGAGAUGAGAAAACUCGCAAAUAAACAAAAUGAGAUGUCAGUUAUAGCGUAUGCCCCGUCUUUCAUAUUCUAAUAAGAACAAUAUGUACAGAUUCUGCCUCAAACGUUACAGACGCUUGGAAUGUCUCUCGGUGCUGUUUUUCUUGUCACCCUGUUUUUUAUGCCACAUCCACUCCUUCUGUUUUAUAUCCUGGUCACAAUAGUGAUGAUAAUUACUGGAAUAGUUGGUUUUAUGCAUCACUGGGGCCUUACGCUUAGUUCGAUAACAAUGAUUCAUUUAAUAAUGAGCGUAGGUUUUUCAAUUGACUAUACGGCACACAUAUGUCACGCAUUUAUGGUUGCCGAGGGAAAGACUCGCGAGGAAAAAGCUCAGCAAGCUUUGAAAACGGCCGGAGCACCAAUCUUUAAUGGCGCUAUUUCCUCUCUUAUUGGUAUAAUUAUGCUGUCUAUCGCCAAGUCAUAUAUAUUUCAAUCCUUUUUUCAAGUUAUGUUUUUGGUAAUUGCUAUUGGACUAUGCCAUUCUGUUCUGUUUUUGCCCGUUGUAUUGUCGUUUAUAGGGCCAAUCAAAAUCCAAAACGGGAGCCAGAAAAUUGGACGUGUUACCCCAAAUGAGUUAUCAAUGACCGAUUCCAAAAUAAGAUUAAACGAAAAUAGCACACGUAAACGUAAUGCAAAUGGUGCACAGUGCAGGGAUUUACCAACAUACACCGCCGGUACUGAACCAUGAUCAAAGAUACCACAAUGAUAGACCCAUAUCUGGCAAAAGUGUUGUUACUAAUGUCAGUAAAUCGGAGAUUCCAAUGCAUUUGGCACAACCAUCCCCCGUGACUGUUAUAUAUACAGGAACAGAAAAAAAUGCAAAGGUCAUUUACUAAUGACUUUUGCCGAAAUAAAAGGCAGCGAAAUAUGUAAACGUCUGUACGGCUUCUUUUACGUUUAAUAACCAACAUGUGUCAUACAAUUAUUAUAAGAAAGUUAAUUCAGAUCAUUUGUAGACAUUUUAAUCUUGAUACCAAUCUCGAGAAAGAUAAAUACAGCACUGUGGCAAAUCUUAUUAACCUAACUUAUAAGCAUCGUGCAUAUAUUGAUAUAUUGGUGUUUUUUAUUUGAAUAGUAUUUAAUUGUGUCAUUGGUAACGUGCAUUCAUAUAUUGAAAUAUGUUUAUUAACAUUAAGUACAAUCCACCUUGUACAUUGAUUUUGUAUUUCAUGUAUUGGCCUAGUUGAUACUUAUCAGAUGAAACAUUAAGUCAAAAUGUAUAAAUGAAUCAAACAAACGUGAACUUUCUAAAUUACUUUAACAAAAGUUGGCGUUUCCUCAAAAAAGAAUCGUAAUGCACUCAGUCUGUAGUGCAUGAUGUUUUGAAAAAGUAAAAGUAUUUUUAUUAUUUUAAUAAUUAUUAUUUGGACGCCUUUUUACGCAUAUAACGUUUCCAAAUACAGGGAAAGUUAAAUACCACUUAUAACAAAGACU